GGUUCAGUCUGGUUCUGCUUCCACAUUGACCACAUACAGUCAGUCAGCGAACCGCAGGUGUGAGUUUACAGUACCGCAUGUUCCCAGCCCACCACCCCGGACUUCAAACUUAACCUUUCUUUAAGUGUUUAUAAUAUUUUCACCAUGUUGUGGACGGCGAACACGAUCAUAAGGAAAUUCUCCUCGAGCUCUGCUUACUACCAAAAUAAGCUGAAGCUGGCUCUGAUUGGCCAGAGCUUGUUUGGACAGGAAGUCUACACAAACCUUCGCAAGCAGGGCCAUAAAGUUGUGGGUGUAUUCACAGUUCCUGAUAAGGAUGGCAAGGCGGACCCCCUGGCGGUGGUGGCGGAGAAGGACGGGACGCCGGUGUUUAAGUUCCCACGGUGGCGUUUGAAGGGUAAGCCCAUCCCAGAGGUGGUGGAGGCGUACAAAGCGGUGGGCGCCGAGCUGAACGUCAUGCCCUUUUGCUCCCAGUUCAUCCCUAUGAAUGUGAUCGACUUCCCCAAACACGGCUCCAUCAUUUAUCACCCCUCCAUCCUGCCUAGACACCGAGGAGCCUCUGCCAUUAACUGGACACUAAUCGAAGGUGAUAAGAAAGCAGGAUUUAGUAUAUUCUGGGCUGAUGAUGGUUUGGACACCGGCCCCAUCCUGCUUCAAAAGGAAUGUCCAGUAGAGCCCAACGAUACAGUGGACACACUUUAUAACCGCUUUCUGUUUCCAGAGGGCAUCAAGGCUAUGGUCGAAGCUGUACAGCUCAUUGCAGACGGCAAAGCUCCAAAGAUCCCUCAGUCUGAAGAAGGAGCCAGCUAUGAGGGAAUCCAAAAGAAAUCCAAUGCUAAGGUGAAUAUGGCUCAGCCAGCAGAGGUCAUUCAUAACUGGAUCCGUGGUCAUGAUAAAGUUCCGGGUGCCUGGAUUGUCAUUGAUGGAAAGCCAGUAACGCUGUACAGCUCAUCGAUGCUGAGCGGGUCAGUUCCUGCAGGUCAGCCAAUCGAAGUGGAAGGGGCGUCUCAGCCUGGACUCAUUGCCAAAUCUGGGCUUAUACUGUUUGGGUGUGAUGGGAAAGCGCUCCAGGUGAAGAACCUGCAGUUCGAGGAUGGAAAGAUGAUUCCUGCAUCCAAAUACUUCUCUUCAGAUGAGGCUGCCAGUUUGGAUCUCACAGACGAUGAGAAGAAAAUGGCAGAGGAAAUCAGGGCGAUCUGGAAAGGUAUUCUGAGUAAUGUUCCAGUUAUUGAUGACACAACUGAUUUCUUUAAGUCUGGAGCUGCUUCCAUGGAUGUAGUCAGAUUGGUAGAGGAGGUGAAGCAGAAAUGCGGAGGAGUUCAGCUUCAGAAUGAAGAUGUCUACAUGGCCACCACCUUCCAGAGCUUCGUCCAGAUGUUCGUCCGCCGCCUACGAGGAGAAGACCGGGAGGAGGAGCUAGUCAUCGACUACGCGACAAAAGACGUCAAUAACAUGACAGUGAAGAUGCCACAUCAGUGUUUCAUCAACGGCAACUUCGAAGAUGCCGAAGAUGGAAAGACAUACAACACGGUGAACCCAACAGACGGUUCGGUGAUCUGUAAGGUGUCAUAUGCAUCCGUGGCAGAUGUGGACAGAGCAGUUAGUGCAGCCAAAGAGGCUUUCGACAACGGACCUUGGGGUAAGAUGAACCCUCGUGACCGUGGACGGCUGCUCUACCGUUUGGCUGACCUGAUGGAGGAACACCAGGAGGAGCUGGCCACUAUUGAGACCAUUGACUCUGGUGCCGUUUAUACACUGGCCUUAAAGACACACGUUGGCAUGUCCAUUCAGACAUUCAGAUACUUUGCUGGCUGGUGCGACAAGAUCCAGGGCUCGACGAUACCCAUCAAUCAGGCCAGACCCAAUCGCAACCUCACCUUUACAAAGAAAGAGCCUCUGGGUGUGUGUGCCAUAGUGAUUCCUUGGAAUUACCCUCUUAUGAUGUUGGCAUGGAAGAGUGCAGCCUGUCUGGCGGCGGGAAACACACUCGUCUUGAAACCUGCUCAGGUUACUCCACUAACUGCGCUGAAGUUUGCGGAGUUGACAGUCAAAGCUGGCAUUCCCAAAGGAGUCAUCAACAUUGUACCAGGAUCAGGUGGUCUGGUGGGCCAGAGGAUGUCUGAUCACCCUGAUAUCCGUAAGCUGGGUUUCACAGGUUCUACUCCCAUAGGCAAACAAAUCAUGAAAAGUUGUGCGGUCAGUAACCUGAAGAAGGUUUCUCUGGAGCUGGGAGGUAAAUCUCCCCUCAUCAUCUUCAGCGACUGCGACAUGGACAAAGCAGUGAGAAUGGGCAUGAGCUCGGUCUACUUCAACAAGGGAGAAAACUGCAUUGCUGCAGGCCGGCUGUUUGUUGAGGAGUCCAUUCAUGACGAGUACAUCAGGAGAGUGGUUGAGGAAAUCAAGAAGAUGAAGAUUGGAGAUCCGUUGGAUCGCUCCACAGAUCACGGACCUCAGAACCACAAGGCUCACCUGGACAAGCUGGUGGAGUACUGUGAGCUCGGCGUGAAGGAGGGGGCUACGCUUGUGUACGGCGGGAGGCAGGUGGACAGACAAGGCUUUUUCAUGGAGCCCACAGUCUUCACAGAUGUAGAGGACCACAUGUUCAUCGCCAAAGAGGAAUCCUUUGGCCCUGUUAUGGUGGUAUCCAAAUUCAAAGAUGGUGAUGUAGAUGGGGUUCUGAGCAGAGCCAAUAACACCGAGUUCGGCCUGGCCUCCGGAGUCUUCACCCGGGACAUCAACAAGGCCAUGUACGUGAGCGAGAGACUAGAGGCGGGAACCGUGUUCAUCAACACCUACAACAAAACCGAUGUGGCGGCUCCCUUUGGAGGCUUCAAACAGUCCGGGUUUGGGAAAGAUCUUGGUGAAGAAGCCCUGCACGAGUACCUGCGGACUAAAGCUGUGACAGUGGAGUAUUGAAUGAAAAAGACUGCAUGCCCCGUGACUGCAGCCUGAAGCGGCCAGAUAGGAAAAGCAUUUCCUGCCAUGACUACACUGAUGUGCCUACAUUUUUUAAUCCCCCUUUUUUUCCCGGAACUGUUUGGAGUGGGACAGAUCCUGACUCAGCAGUCUACACUGGCUAACAAUGUUUUUUAAAAAAAUUGACAAAAUGGCAAAAGACCACAGGACACAGAUUCAGCCACAAACCAGAUCAAGCAUUGUUUUUAACUUAGGAAACGGGGAUCAUACUGAGGUACAGUGAAUUAUCAGACUGAGUCGCUUUCAGGAAGUAACCACAACUCUACAAUGAUCUUGAGCAUUUCCUAAUCAUGUUUCCAGAGGCAAGUCAUUUGUCUAUCCACGCUGAACAUGAAACUGCUGCGUGAUACUGAAACAGAAAUAGAAAUAGCUCAAAAGUUUGACGUCAGCAAGUUUUUAUGUUUUUGAAAGAAGUCUCACCAAGGCUGCAUUUAUUUGAUAAAAAAUACAGUAAUAUUGUGAAAUAUCGAGUUAAGUUUAUAUUAAAAUGUAAUUUAUUUUUUGUGAUGGAAAGCUGAAUUUGCUGCUCAUGAAAUAUUUCUUCUCAUUGAUUGUAGGAAAAUUAGAAUUGUCUUUACGGUCGCAUUUCAUCAAUUUAAUGCAUUCUUGCAUAAAAGUAUUAUUUCUAUCAAAAAGACGGACCCUGAACUUUUAAAUGGUGGUGUUUGUGGCCUCAGCAUAUUUCAGUUUUUAAGCUAUUCAGCCAGUUACACACACACACACAUACUUUAGUAUUACAGUUAUAGUCUUAUAUUUAAAAGCCAUGUUGCAUCACUGCCACUUUAUGAAAUUUGUAUUAUCAUAUUUGUACAUCCCAAGGGUUUUUAUUAUGCAUAGCAUUUUCACAUCACUCACUUUUAUUAGCAUAACUGUAUAUAUUUUAUUAGAGGAUAUGACAACUUGUCUUAUUUUAUAUAUUUAAUUUUGCAUUCCAGACAAAGGAAAAUUAUAUGAACACACUAUUCUUUUUGAAAGGAAGUUAUUUAUUUUGUUCAAAAAUACUGGACAUGCUUGAUGAGAAAAUAUGUAAUAGCUUACUCUUGAAUUCAAUAACAGUGUGAAGUAUUUGGACACAUUCUUGUUAAAAUGACUGAAAGUAUCGGUUGCCAAAUGUUCGCUGAAGAUUCAUGAUGCAUGAACACUUCAAGCAAUGACAUGCAUUUGAAAAAAGAUUAAAUGUUAUCAUACGUACAAUGAGUAUUGAAGUGUCAUAUUGCCAAACAGUCAUUACACACAACAGUAUUUCAACUUUAUAGCAGCUACAAACAAAAUGUAUGGAGCGUCGGGAAACCAUUUUUACAAUAAAGAAUGUAAACUGAAAAAA